AUGAUACAAUUGUUUACUGUUCAGCUUUUAAUUGGGUCAGAAAAAGGAGUUUCCAAAAAUUCAUUCUAAACUGGGCCUAACAAUCCAUAGCCAGAAGAAAGCCCAAUUAUGCUGUGCACACCCUGCUUACUGAACUGAAGCGAUGAUGGUGUUCUGUCCUGUGUUGAAGGAAACGUCGAAACCUGAAAGCGAACCAUGCCAGAACGAGAAUCCACCAAUGGUUACUGCAGCAGUGGCGAAGAAGACGGUGACGCCGCUUGGAGAGCAGCAAUCGAUUCCAUUGCUCAAACCACCACCUAUGUCGCUUCCACCACCAAACACAAUCACCCAAAUCAUCAUAUUGAUGAUGAUGACCACAAACCCAACACACAACAGCUUAAGCACUACCAACUCAAGGCACAAAAGCUUCUGAAUGAAAUAUUGGAAAAUUCAAUAGAGAUAGUGAGAAAACCUGUCCCUGUCGUGGAUGAGGAUCCCGAGAGCAAUGAAUGCGGCAUUCGCUUGUUUAAACAUGCUCAGCCAGGAAUAGUGUUUGAUCACGUAGAUGAACUCCAACCACCAAGGAAACGGCCUAGACUACUUCCUGGAGGAGAUAUUGAUGAGAAAUCAAAGAAGCAGUUUAGAAAACAGAUUAGAUCUGUUGCUGUUAACGGGAUAGAUAUAAUAGCUGCAGCAAAUGAUGCAUACAAGAAGUCAUUAGCUAGACUAGAAGCUAAAGAUGCCGCAGCAAAAGCUAAAGCCAAGAGAGAAGAGGAAAGAAUUGAAAAUUUGAAAAAGAUUAGGGGAGAAAGGUGGCUACCUUCCAUGGCCAAGGAGAUGCAGGUUAAAAUUCGACACUGACAUGUUAUGUCUUUCCAUGCUCUUAACUUCGAUGCUAGUUUUAUGUGUAACUCUAUAACUGAUUAGCUUUUUUUAUUUGUUAGUUGAGCACUUGAGCUUGUUGUACACAAUAAUUUUAUAGAAUUAUAACUUGGUUAUGAAUUUUUUUUUCUUCUUUUUUC